AUGAGCGAAUUAAAAGAGUUCGAUGAAUUUAAUUUUAAAAAUUAUGAUAAUUAUAAUAACGAAAAAGAAAAUGAUCAAAUACCUUCCAAUAUACUUUAUGAAGAAAAUAAUGAAGUAAGAGCAUCACUGGAUAAACUAAAUUAUAUGAAUCCUAUAGAAAAUGUAGAUUAUAAUAAUAUGAACAUGUCAUCAAAUAAUUUCUAUAACGAAUUAAAUAAAAGAGAAAGUGCCAGUUCCUUAUUAUAUAACAACAACAACAAUAAUAAUAUGAAUAAUAUGAAUAAUAUAAAUAACAGUUUGAAUAAUAAAUAUAAUGGUAGUGAUAUCAAAAAUCAUGAUUCUUUUUAUAAAAGUAAUUUAUCAUCACCUAUGAAAGAAAAUAGAAUGUCUUUUGAAAAUUCUUAUGAAACUUUUUUUGAAAAAGAAUCAGAUAUAUCAGACACCGAAGUAUCGGAUGUCUGGGAAAAAGAAAGAUUACAAAGAAUAAAAGAAAGAAAAGAAUAUGAAGAAAAAGAAAAAAAAGAAAUUAAAAAAAAAGCUGCUCAAGAUCUUAAAAAAUGGUAUGAAGAAAUAGCUAUCGUUAUUGAAGAAAAAAAAAAAUUAUCUAACCAAAAAUUAUCAGAAGAUAAAAAAAAAGAACAAAAUUUGGAUAAUAAAACAUGGUUAAAAGUAUCUCAAUAUCUAGAUAUGGAAAAAGGAGAAUAUUUUAAGGAAAAUAGUAGAAUGAAGCAGGUCCUCCUUAAACUAAUACAAAAGGAAAGCUCAUAG